UGUUGUUGUAUGUAUAAUAUCGUUCCGAUUCUGAGAAUUCUAUUUGAUCUUUUGGUACAGUGUUGGUUGGUGUGCGUGAGUGUGAAGUUCGUGAAAAUCGCGAGAUCGGCAUAGCCGUGGCGUGAAUUCAGUUCGCAUUUAGUCGUCUCAGUCAUUAGUUAUGUUAUCCCAGCCGCGUUGCAAAUCUCGAAAUAAUUACUAACAUGAUAAAGUCUUAAUUCCUCAAGCACAGCGUUCAGUGUUAUUUUUUAUAUUAUAUUAUCAAUAGUAAAACAUCAAAUUAAUAUUCACGACUAGUGUGUUAAUUACAUUUUAGAUACCAACAACUAAAGUUGAAUAUAUAUGUUGUUUACGUUCACCACGUUGGAAAAUGGAGCAAGGCAACAGAAAAGCGCAAUAUUUGAUAGCGGCUGCGGUGUCAUUGACUACUGCUACUAUGGGUGUUUCAUCCGCUUGGCCAACUCCUGUUAUUCCAAAGCUACUUAACAACGAAACUGGCAUGGUUUUUCAUGACCAACACAUCUCAUGGAUGGUGGCUCUCAAUACACCCGGCUUCGUGAUCGGUAGUUUGGCGACCUCCUUCAUAUCGGAUACUUACGGACGCCGAUUCACACUAAUGAGCAGUGCUAUUCCCAUCGCCCUUGGAACUAUGCUUGUCGCGUUCUUUAUGGAAGCAUGGUUGGUGUCUGUCACGAGACUAUUUUGGGGUCUCGGUACGGGCAUGAUUAGUACGGUCGUCAACAUAUACAUGGUGGAAAUAGCGGAUAAGGACAUACGGGCGCGGUUGACCGUUGUUACUAAAUACAUGUUCAAUUUUGGAAACUGUUUGGUAAUGGUCAUAGGGCACUAUGUCACAUAUGAAACUUUGAAUUAUAUGCUACUUGUGUUACCUUUGUGCUUCACCUCUGCAUGUUGGUUCACACCGGAAACGCCGUACUACUACCUGAAGGAAGGGAAGGUAGAUGACGCCAAGAAGUCACUGUCCAAAUUGAGAAUAUAUAAAAAUGAGAAGGAGUUGAAUGACGCAGUGGCUUUGAUGGAGAGGGAUGUGAACAACGAGAUGCGACGCUCUAGCUCCUUCAAGGAACUGAUAGUGGGCAAGCAAUACAGAAAGGCAGUCAUUAUUUCGAUUGGUUUGAGGAUUGGCAUGGUAAUGACUGGACUGAUCACUACACGGAAUUAUUUGGGACGCAUCAUGCAAGAAAGCAAGUCCACAAUGAGGCUGGACAUGGUGUUCAUUAUAUUCGGUGCUGUUAACUUUCUUGUGGGUGUGAUGUCAUCGAUUUUGGUUGACCGAGUUGGAAGACGACCGUUGCUUGUCUACUCCUUCCUUGGCACAGGACUUUCUCUUGCCCUGACUACUGGUUACUUCUUCUGCCAAGAAAUUCUUCUCAUCAAAGAACAAUACCUCAGUCCGUACGGCGUCAUACCUUUUAUCGGCAUUGUUUUAUCCACCAUUAUCUCUGGUUUAGGAUAUAAUUCUAUAAUAUUUACAAUAGGCGCUGAAAUAUUUCCAAUGAACGUCAAAUCGAUAGCGAUGACGUCUCUCAGUGUAUUCAGUGGAAUUUUAGGUUUUUCAGUAGCUAAAGGAUAUCAGGAAGUAAAAAAUGUAUCAGGACUAUUUGGCGUAUUUCUUAUUUUUACUAUUGUAGCACUCGGGAGUGCUAUAUUUUGUUAUUAUGUUGUCCCUGAAACUAAAGGCAAGAGUUUGAAAGAAAUACAAAUGAUAUUACAGGGAGAUUUGUAUCUUGAAGAUGAAGUACUAAAUGCGGUAGUCGCUGAAAACUUAAACGAAGAACCCGGGGAGACUACCGAGUUGAGAGUACUCGAGAAAAAAGAGUAAGCCUGUUAUUUUAAGACUUUGUAUUUAUAAGGCCUUAAGGAAGCGUUCCUUAGUCUCAACUAAAUUUUGAUACGUUCUUUACACGUGUAAAUUCUAUUUUAAGAUACUUUGUAGCCAUUUUCAGUAUAAGUUUAUAAAUAUUGUCGUUAACUACAAACUUUGCUGCCAAAUAUCUAUAUUUACUAAUAUGAAUGGGUAAAAGUGUGGUCUUUUUUUACUUUUCUAUGACAAUAAUGUGAUAGAUGCCUUGUAAUCCAGUGUUUAUGAACACAGGAGGGAGGAGGAGGAGGCGGGGUAAUAGGGCACUACUUAC